AUGACUUUUGCAGCCUACAGGUACCGCCUUAAGUACCGUAAGGGCAAGAACAUGGACGUGGCUGACGCCUUGUCCAGAUUGCCGCAAGCAGUGCCAGCAGGAGUAGAAUCCGCCGAGUGCCUGUCAGUAUUUGAGUGUCUUCCACUGACAGCCGAUGAAAUCGCCAAAGCGUCCAGGCGAUGUCUGACGUUAAGUCGUAUAGCUGAUUUCACUCUGAGUGGUUGGCCUGGCGAAUGCCCGGAAGACCUAAGGGCGUAUUAUGUACGCAGAGACGAACUGUCACUGGAGCAGGGGUGCUUAACAUGGGGAGUUCGGGUUGUUAUUCCUGAAGUGCUGAGACAUCGCGUGCUUGACAUUCUGCACACUGAACAUCCUGGGGCAAGCCGCAUGAAAAUGCUAGCCCGCAGUUUUGUGUGGUGGCCAGGAAUUGACCUAGCCAUAGAAGACUAUGUAAAAAGGUGUAAAAUAUGCCAAGCAGUGCAACCUGCAGCUCCGUUAGCACCACUUCAACCCUGGAGUUAUCCAGCCAGAUGUUGGUCACGCGUCCAUAUAGACUUUGCGCAGACAAGUGCAAAUGUGUUUCUUGUCCUUGUGGAUGCCUAUUCCAAGUGGGUCGAAGUGUGGCCAAUGCUCUCUACUUCAACAGCAAAGACAAUUGAAAAGCUUCGAAGUGCUUUUGCCGCUUACGGAUUCCCGGAAGCACUAGUAAGCGACAAUGGGCCACAAUUUAUCUCGGCCGAGUUCGCGCAUUUCAUGGCCACCAACGGCGUGAAACACAUUCGCACUCCCCCCUACCAUGCAGCUUCGAAUGGUGCGGCUGAACGAACCGUACAGACCGUGAAACGCGCUCUGAUGAAGGAACUGUUGGAAAGCAAAUCGUCAGGUACGCGUCAUUCGUUCCAGGAAAAUAUUGAUAGUUUCUUGAUGACAUACCGCAACACACCAAAUAGCGUGACGGGAAAGACACCCGCCGAGCUUUUUCUUAAGCGACAACCACGAACAAAACUUGCAUUGUUGAAACCAGACUUUUCGAGAUCAAUGCACACGAAGCAGCAGAAACUCAAAGAGCAGCGGGAUGUGAGUCGCGGGCGUGAGCGUUUGUUCGACGUUGGUGAUAAAGUGUUCGUGAAAACUGUGCGCGGUGAGUGUGCCUCGUGGGAGGAAGGUGUGGUGCGUCAGGUUGUGAGUGCUGUGACAUACGUGGUGAAAGUGCGCGAACAACUUCGGUUUACGCAUGCCGAUCACCUGCGACCACGCCAUGCGGACCCGACACCAAGCCUGAAUCCCAAGUCCGGACUCGGACACCCUUUAACGCCGCACAGCGACGUCACAGAGGAGAAAUCACCGGCCGCAGGAAACUCAGCCAGAACUUCCGUUCCAGAUAAACUGGUGGCUACUGAUCCGACGCCUCCUGUUCAACAGCCUAUCCCACCUGUCAACGUGAACUGCCCGACAGAGCUAGCAGCUCCGACGUCACAAACGGAGCCACGGUCAGCUUCGCCGUCAGCGGAAAGCCAACCGUUACGGCGCAGCACACGAACCCGCAAACCACCGGAUCGUUUCUAG